AUGCACCGUUCACCCUCCAUGCCAGCUGCCGCAUAUGGCGGGGCCACGUCAUUGUUGUCCACGUCGCCGCCUCCAGGCCAAGCAGACGGCUUUUCUUACGUCAGUCCUGCCGGCAUCUACGUCACCGCAACCCGUUCGGACCCCUCAUCCAUAUCAAACCUCUCCCGAACCUCCACCGGACCUCCGCUCUCCCAAGCCUCUACCGGGCGGUCUCUCUCCCGAGCCUCCAGCGGAGGCUUGAGCAGCAGCAGCUGGACCGGCGUUCCGCCUUGGGACUGGCCGGAGUCUCUAGCGCCCGCUUUUGUGGCGGGAGCAGCGGGCAGCGGCGGUGGCGCAUGGGGGACAGCGGGUGGGGGAGGCGGAGCAUGGGGGGCAGUGAAUGGGUCAAGGGCGGGAGGGACGGCGGGGGGAGGUGGCACGGGAGAGGGCGCGCAGCAGCAGGGGAGCUUGCAGGGAAAGCCGGCCUUGGGAAUGCACUCUGUCGGCGGGUAUAUGCUUCCUGGGAGCGGGUAUGGCGGGGCUGCUGCUGGUGGUUUGGGGGGAUGGGGAGGGCCAGGGGCCUUCAACGGAGGGGGAGGAGCAGGGGGCGCAGGCGGAACGGGAGGAGCAGUGGGAGCGGUGGAAGCAGGGGCGGUGGCAGCAGGGGGAGGUGGGAUUGGGAUCGGAACGGAGGUGGGAUUUGGCCGUCAAUCCUUCCUUGCAGCUUCCUCCACGUCCCCUCCUACCAUCACCCGUUCACUCACCGACCCUCGCAUCUUCGCCCCCCGCCAGGCCCCCUGGCACGCACCCGCGCUCUCCCCCUUUCCCGCUUCCGCCUCCCCCCCGCCUCCCCCUUCCGCCUACUCCCCGCCUCCCACGUCCGCGUUCCCACCGGGCUUUCCCCUGCUGUCCGUUGACCCCUUGUCCCCGCUGGGGGCGGGCGCGGACCUGCUGCUGUCCCCCACGCGCCCGCUGCCGGUGUGCCCGGCCAAGGGGCAGUGGGUGCGCGGCAGCCAGAUCGGCGCAGGGGGCUUCGGGAAGGUGUUUCAAUGCGUGAGCAUCGUGACAGGAGAGGCGUUUGCAGUGAAGCAGGUGGCGUUGAUGGCUCCAAAAGCCAUCCCGGACCUUAGCAUGACAGGAGAGGUGUUCGCAGUGAAGCAGGUGGCGUUGAUGGCUCCAAAAGCCAUCCCGGACCUUAGCAUGACAGGAGAGGUGUUCGCAGUGAAGCAGGUGGCGUUGAUGGCUCCAAAAGCCAUCCCGGACCUUAGCAUGACAGGAGAGGUGUUCGCAGUGAAGCAGGUGGCGUUGAUGGCUCCAAAAGCCAUCCCGGACCUUAGCAUGACAGGAGAGGUGUUCGCAGUGAAGCAGGUGGCGUUGAUGGCUCCAAAAGCCAUCCCGGACCUUAGCAUGACAGGAGAGGUGUUCGCAGUGAAGCAGGUGGCUUUGGAUCGUUCCGAUGCUGACUUCAGGGGCGACCACUCCAUCGAACAGCUCAAACAGGAGAUCAUGCUGCUUAGUCGCAUCAACCACCCCAACAUCGUGCAGUACCUCGGUUGUGAAAUCGACGACAAGUACCUGUACAUAUUCCUGGAGUACGUGGAGAUGGGGUCAAUCCUCAACGUGCUGAAGAAGCUGCCAGUGCGCCCCCACGCGCUGCUCAGCAAGUAUGUGCGCCAGGUGCUGCAGGGACUCGCCUUCCUGCACUCCAUGGAGUUCGUCCACCGGGACAUCAAGUGCAGCAAUAUCCUGGUGGACAAGAGCGGUACCAUCAAGCUCGCUGACUUUGGCCUUGCCAAGCAUUACUCAGCAUCGUUGGACAUGACGGGCUGCCGUGGCACUGUCUGGUGGAUGGCACCUGAGGUUAUCAAUGCAUCGGGAGGCUACGACUGGGCGGUGGACAUAUGGUCGCUGGGCUGCACGGUGAUAGAGAUGGUCACGCUCUGGCCGCCCUGGUUCCACCCCGCCUCCGGCUGCCCCAUCUGGGGCCGCGGCUUCGGCCCUGAAACGGCCUUCAUGAAGAUAGCAGGAACGCAGGUGCCUCCGCCCAUCCCACCGGGUCUGUCGGAGGAUCUCGCAGACUUCAUCGCCAGCUCCACCCCCGCUGCAGCUGCUGCCAGCGGUGUAAAGCCAGAGGAGCGGGAGAGAGAGCGGUGGUGGGCGAAGCAGGGAAAGGCUAUGCUACGAGAGGAGAGAGAGAGGGGGUGUGAGGAGGAGGAGGAGGGGGGAAGUGUGCAAGGAAGGCAGGGAGAGGGGGCGCAGCGAGGUGUGAUAGAGGUGGAGCAGAGGGGGCAGGGAGGGGGAGCGCAGCGAAGGCUGUUGGAGGCAGCAGCAAGGGCAGCAGCAAAGGCAGCUAGAGAGUGGAGGGAGGGAGGAAGUGACGUGGCACUGGAUGCUGACCUGGCAGUGGCGCCUUCUGACGGUGAUGGGGAUGGUGGACAUGAGGGGAGAGGUGCAAGUGAGCAGAGUGGGAGAACGAAGUGGGAGGAGAGGGAGAAGAAGAGCGAGAGAGGAAGUGUGUCGGGAAGAGGGAGUGAGCGUGAGAGCAGGGAAGAGAGUGGGAGGGAGAGUGGGAGGGAGAGUGGGAGGGAGAGUGGGAGGGAGAGUGGGAGGGAGAGUCGCAGCGGCAGGGCGAGUAGCAGAGCGAGCAGUCGGGGCAGCGCAGGGCAGCUGGUUGGUGGACAGGCGACCGGCAGGAAUGGGAAUGGAUGCGAGGCGGCAGGAAAGGGAGAUGAAGAGGCGGGGAGCAGGGGGCGGAUUGGCUUGAGUGUGAGGGAAAGGUCACGGCGGGAUGGAGGGGAGGAGGCAGCACAUGGGGGAGAGAGAUACAGUGCGCUGCGAGGAGGGUUGGAGAGAGGUGGAGGGGGGGAUGAGGCUGAGAGUGCUGCCCCCCCCUCCUCUCCCCGCCGUCUUACAUCCCCCUCUUCCCCCUUCCCCUCUUCCCCCGCCAACUCCGCUCCAUCACCCCCUGCUCCUCUCUCUCCCCCUGCUUCACCCUUCACUGCCUCUCGCCCACUCCCUCCCAACCCUGCAGAUCCCCUCUCUCCCUCCCCUGCGAACCCUCUCUUGAAUAACAAUCCCCCCCACCACCGCUCCUCCCUCAUCUCCCUCCCGGCACCCACCAUCAGAGUCAUGGACCCCAUUGUACCUCACCCCACAGCACCACAACCCACCGCUCCACAACUCACCGCUCCACAACUCACUGCACCUGAUCCAGUCGCCCGUGACCCAGCUCAGAGUGGACGGGCAGAUGCAGGCUCAGAUGUAGACGCGCCAAGGAAGAACGCUGCUGCUGCGGCAGCCCCUUGGAUUGGAAGGGCGAGUUCAGCCUCCGAUGUGGAAAGGGAUCAUGAUAAUCUCGCUGCUGCUGCUGCUCGGGUUGGAAGGGCGGAUCCAGCCUCAGAUGGGGACAUUACAAGGCAGAGGCAGGGUGGCGGUGAGAAGAAGGGGCGGGAGAGAGUGCGGGAGCCAGUAUCCCUGUGGCAGAAGUUCCAGGAGUUGAAGGUGGGGGGAGGGGUUCCCAGUGGGGAAGCACGAGCGGAUGCAGAGAGGCGAGGAGAAGCAGCGAGAGAGGGAGGUGUGGAGAGACAGCGGGUGGAAUCGGGGAGAGAGGUGGCAGCAGCGUCACAGCCGAGCAGUGCGCUUCUCUCAAGGCCGGGCAGUGCAUCGGAGCAGACUUGUUUUGACGCACCUCACAAGCUGGCAGCGACGUCACAACUGACCAGUGCCCUUUUCUCUGUGCUGGACAAUGGGUUGGAGCAGCAAGGCCGAGCAGGGGGGGAUACAGAUGCAGCAGUGUCAGGGCGGAAUGGCAUAUCGGGGGUGGAGCAGGAAGGGGGGCCAGCUGUGCCAGCAGCGGAAGGUGGGGCGAUGGAAGAGUUAGAGGAUCUGCUGGGUCCUCCGAGCAUUGUGGUGCCGCAGAGAAAGAUUCUCAAACACUUCGUGCCGCUGCCCACUGCUGCUUCUGCUGCUUCUGCUUCUGCUGCUGCUGCUGCUGCCCCUCUGCAAGCACCACCACCUGCUUUUACCGCUCCUGCUACUACUGCCACCGCGCAGCACUCCUCCUCUGCCUCCUCUGAGGCGCUCUCCUCGCAACAUUCCCUCUCCCAAUCCUUCCACUUCGUCUCUCCUCCCUCCUUCCUGCCGCCCCGUUCCUCUGCUUUCUCCAUCCAUCCACAAACCACCACAGCCCCCGCUGCUUCCCUCCCGCUCUCUCACUCGUCCUCGUCUACUUCUUCUCCCUUCCCUCCCUUCCCUACGCCCCCCACCAACCGCUCUUUCCACAUCCCUCCACUCCACUCCCCCCCUUCACAUCCUCUUCUGUCCCUCCCCUCUUCCCCCCUGCACCGUUCCCCCCCUCACUGCUGCUACCUUCUCAUCCGCCCUUCCCUUCAGUAUCCCCCUCUCCCCCGCCCGUCCCCACCACCGCUCUCCUGCCACCCACUCCCGUUCAAUCGCCCCCCACUCUCCUGCAAUCCACUCUCCUGCAAUCUGCUUCCCCUCAAGGCGUAA